AUGACGCCCUUCCUGCUCCGCGCCUCGCUGCGGACGGCGGCCUCGCGCGCUGCCGGUGGCCGCCGCGCCGUCUUCCAGGCUCGCGCCAUGUCCGUCACGGCCUGCCGACCGAGCGACACCCUCCAAGUGCACCGAAACAGCGCCAACAACAACCCCGACAUCCCCUUCAAGUUCAACCAGCAGAACGAGACCAUCAUCGCCGAGAUCCUCAAGCGCUACCCGGAGCAGUACAAGAAGGCGGCCGUCAUGCCCCUGCUCGACCUCGGCCAGCGCCAGCACGGCUUCACCAGCAUCAGCGUCAUGAACGAGGUCGCCCGCCUGCUCGAGAUGCCCCCCAUGCGCGUCUACGAGGUCGCCUCCUUCUACACCAUGUACAACCGCACCCCCGUCGGCAAGUUCUUUGUCCAGGCCUGCACCACGACCCCCUGCCAACUAGGCGGCUGCGGCUCCGACGCCAUCGUCAAGGCCAUCACCUCCCACCUCGGCAUCAAGCAGGGCGAGACCACCGCCGACGGCCUCUUCACCUUCAUCGAGGUCGAGUGCCUCGGCGCCUGCGUCAACGCCCCCAUGAUCCAGAUCAACGACGACUACUACGAGGACCUCACCCCCGAGACCACCGUCGCCCUGCUCACGGCCCUCAAGGAGAGCGCCGCCGCCGUUGGCUCCUCCGCAAAGGUCCCCGCCCCGGGCCCGCUCACCGGCAGGCAGACGUGCGAGAACAGCAACGGCCAGACGAACCUGUUGGACGAGCCGUGGGGCGUCGAGAAGACGAGGUCGGACCUGUAG